AGUCUAAGCGCCGGAUGAAAACGAGAUCAAACGUUCUCUGGUUGCGGUAUCCAUCGGGUGUUGGUUGUGUGUAUUACAUCACCGGAAUCAAAGGAAAAGUGUCUUGUCAAGUCCCAUCAUGUUGUUCACCAAAGUGCUGGGCCUUUUGCUCGUGUCUGCGAUGAUGUCGGAAGCGAUUCCGCUCAGUCCUGCCGCCGGCAUUGCGGAUGCAGCGGAUGCCAAUGCCAAUCAAUUGGCAGCACAAAAGAUGAAGAAAACGGGUCCGUACCGUUUGACCUUUUUCAAUCAAAAGUCGGCGAUUGGUGACUCGAACAAAACCGCCGAAGUGACGACGCCGGGAUCCAAUGAUUAUCUCGGCGGAGGGAAUAAUAUUAACGCAACGGGGAAAGGUGCUGAAACUGCUGGCGCUGCUACUGUGAUUCCAGCCGGAUUGUCGUCGUUGGAAGAUGAUUACCACGACAUGGCGGUGGUGCUGGGCGGAGGAGGCGACUGGUCUCGCAAGUUGUCGAAAAUCGACGGCGGCGAGGAAUCGUCGUCGGAAGCGGAGGAUUCAUCUUCGUCGUCGGAGGAAGAUUCGUCGGAGGAAUCUGGCGAAGAGGCGGAAGGAUCCGGUGAUUCGUCGGAAGAGUCUUCUGAAGAAUCAUCGGAAGAAGAAGGAUCGGAAGAGGAAGGAUCGGAAGAAGAGGAGGAGGGAGAAGAGGAAGAUGAGGAGGGUGAGGAAGAAGAAGGAGAAGAGGAGGGGGAGGAAGAAGAAGAAGAGGAGGAGGAGGAGGAAGAAGAAGAAGAAGAGGAAGAAGAAGAAGAGAAGGAAGGUGAGAAAAAGGAGGAAAGUGAAAACGAAGAAGAAAGUGAAAAAGAAAUAGAAAAGGAAGAAGAAGAAGAAGAAGAAAAAGUGCUGGAUGAAUCCGUCAAAGUGUCGCCAGUCAUCAAGAAUCCAGCAUCCGGAAUAACUCCGGCCGGAACACAACUGAUGGACUCGUCGGACGUUUUCCCUGAGAUGCAGCGGCUCCACAAGAAGUUCGGAAUCACCACCAAAGGAACUCAAAUGUUAUUCACGGCCGGAUUGUAUCCCUAUUACUUCAAUCACCUCCUCCAUCAGGACAAUCAUUCCAUUCAACCUCCAGCAGCCACUGGUAAUAACCAAUUGACCAGCGACACUAAUAUCCCCUCUCCAUCCAGCACAUCACCGCCAUCCAUCGACCAACUCUACAGCGAUUGGCUGAAAUCCUUGCCGGAAAUGAACAAACCCACCACUGUCGCCCCUCAAAUUCAUCCGCACUAUUACCCCCAACAUUUGUUCUUCUCAUCCAUGAAGAAGAAGAAGAACCAGAAUCAAUUAACGCUUCCGGUGGAGUACCACGAGCAGCAUCCGAAGAAAUCGAGCGGAAUCUUAUUCAAAACGCCGGGCGGAACCCAAUUGGUAAGCAAUUGGGAUCACCAGCCAUCAGACGUGCUGGAUGAUUUCCCGUCGCCCGUCUCCGUCCAGCCCUACGGCGGUGGUAACAGCGUCCAGCAGCAGCAGCGUCGUUUUUUCCGCUCCGCUGCCGCGUUCCGCACAUUAUCACCACAAUAAUAAAAAGAACAAAACAACUGGACAAAACAACAAAAAAAGGACCAAACGGAAUAAAAUCGCAUCAAGUUGGCGGGCGGGUGGCAAGGCCGUCGUCUUCCGCCACUUCCUACCUACGCAAGCACACCCCCCGGCAUUCUGUAUUAUGACUUAUUAUAUUCUAAUAAGAUUAAAUUUGUAACAUAAACAUUCACGAGUAUUUUUGUAUAAAUAGGACAAUUCAAACUGUGUACACAAUUAUUUUGGUGAAAAAUCACUUAUUCUUUGGCAUUUUCUUCGGUGUGUUGUUUUUCUUAAUAUUCACAUGUACAAGGCAGUGCAGCAAAUAAAAGCGAAAAGUCAGUUUUUAA